UACACUGCAACUCAACAUCAUUCCCAUGAGCUCUCAUGGCUUUUGCAAUUCACUCUUGUCUCUCUCUCAGCCUCUUCUGUCUUUCCAAAUGAAGAAGAAAAAAACAGAGACAUUCUCUGCCGCUUAAUCCCAAUCUAUCUAAUGAGAAUAUCACCCUCCUCCGUCACCAUCGCCUUCAUUUUCGUUGCCCUCCUCUCCUCACCGGCACUGCCGGUCAACGCCCUCGGCUCCUCCUCCACCAUUGCCGUCUCCUAUGCCACCGGCACCGUCUGCGGCAUCCUCGCCGGCCAUCCUUUACAAGAAAUUCAAUGCUACAGACAAGGCCACAUCAUCAACCUCCAACCUCAAGUUUCCUACGAAGCCAUUUCCGGCGGCCAGAGCUUCUUCUGCGGCCUGAGGUCCGGCGGCUUCAGCCUUCUCUGCUGGGACACCACCUUCAGCAAUGCUAGUUUUCGCCCAAAGCGCAUAUACUACAGUGACAGGGUUGGGUUAACCGAUUUAACGGUGGGUAAUGCUCAGGUUUGUGCAUUGGAGGCCAGCAGUGGAGGGGUCAAAUGUUGGAGAGGAGAGAGAGGUGGGUCUAUGUUUCCGACGCCGGAAGUGGGUUCAGAGUUUCAGAAAAUAACGUCUGGAGGAGGGUUCACAUGUGGGAUUUUGAAGAACAACAGCAGAGUUUUGUGUUGGGGUGUCAGCGCAGUUGGAGCUGAGAUUCAAAGACAGUUUGGUGAUCUCUCAAUGUCGAGCUUAGUUGCUGGCAAUUCUCAUGCAUGUGGGUUGACAGACACAGGGAUUUUGGUUUGUAAAGGGAACAAUGAUACUGGGCAGCUUGGUUUUCCCUCUGGUUCAGCUUUCGAAUUCUCAGGUCUUGCAUUGGGAGCUAAUCAUACCUGUGCAAUUCAAAGAAGAAAUGGUGUGGUGGAGUGCUGGGGAGGAGGAACAAAACUAUCGGAAUUUGGCAGCCAACAUAUAAAAAACGUUUCCUUUGAAUCAAUUGUUGCUGGUUUGGAUUUCACAUGUGGAUUGACAUCCAGGAACUUAUCAGUGAUAUGCUGGGGACCUGGGUGGACUGGGAAGCGUACUUCAGGGAGUAUCUUUCCACUUGAGAUGAUCAUUCCGGGUCCAUGUGUUGAAGCUUCAUGUAGCGUUUGUGGUAUGUAUCCGAAUUCUGAGGUUCUGUGUGAUGGGUCUGGGAAUAUAUGUAAGUCUUGUGAAUUUGAUCUUCCAAUUCCAUUGCCAUUGCCAAUUUUGCCGCCACAACCAUCGGAAGAUUUACAACCAAAUUCUCCGGCAUCUCCUGCCCCAAACAGGCUGUUGUUGGCCUUUUUGAUUGUUGGGUCAAUUGGACUUUUUGCAGGCAUAUGUAGUAUUGUCUACUGCCUCUGGACUGGAGUCUGCGCCUUCUUUCACAAGCAGAUUUAUGAUUCUGCACAACCAAACGUCAGCAGGGCCAAUGCCGAUAGUUUCUCGGUGAUAGACAAUGGUUCCAAUGUCCAAGUUUCAAAAUCAUCCUCCAUCAAGCGCCAGAGCUCUCUAGCAUUGAGGCGUCAAAGGAGCGGGCCAUCAUCAAGGGCUGUUGGGGACAGGGCUGAAAAUUUUUCUCUAUCAGAACUUGCUGCUGCCACUAACAUGUUCUCAUUGGAAAACAAGAUUGGUGGUGGAAGCUUUGGUACGGUUUACAAAGGCAAGCUUCCAGAUGGUAGGGAAGUGGCCAUCAAAAGGGGAGAGACUGGUUCAAGGAUAAAGAAGUUCCAAGAGAAGGAAAUUGCAUUUGAAUCAGAACUAGCAUUGUUGUCGCGGCUUCACCACAAGCAUUUGGUGGGGCUUGUGGGAUUCUGCGAAGAAAAUGAUGAGAGGCUUCUGGUUUAUGAGUACAUGAGUAAUGGAUCUCUCCAUGAUCAUCUGCAUAGCAAGAAUAAUAUUCUAGAGAGUAGCAACAUUUUAAAUUCUUGGAAAAUGAGGAUUAAAAUCGCCUUAGAUGCUGCUAGGGGAAUUGAGUAUCUCCACGAUUAUGCUGUGCCACCUAUAAUUCAUAGAGACAUUAAGUCUUCUAACAUUCUUCUUGAUGCAAAUUGGACUGCAAAAGUAUCGGAUUUUGGGCUAUCAUUAAUGGGGCCAGACUCUAACCAGGAGUAUAUGUCAACCAGGGCAGCCGGUACAGUUGGGUAUAUAGAUCCCGAGUACUAUGUGCUAAAUGUUUUGACAGCAAAGAGUGAUGUCUAUGGCUUAGGAGUGGUAUUGUUAGAGCUUUUGACAGGAAAGAGAGCUGUAUUCAAGGAAGAAGUGGAGGGAGCUCUUCCUAUUGGGAUAGUGGACUAUGCAGUACCACAGAUAACAGUGGGUGAGCUAUGGAGGGUAUUGGAUAUGAGGGUUGGUCCACCAGAGGCAAAUGAGGCCGAGGCGGUUGAGCUGAUGGCUAACAUGGCUAUGCAUUGUGUGAAGUUGGAGGGAAAGGAAAGGCCCACCAUGACUGACAUUGUAGCUAAUCUGGAGAGGGCACUGGCUCUUUGCGAGGAGAGCCGCGCUAGCAUCUCUAGUACUUCAUUCUCCAUUAUCUCAGAAUGAAAGUUCCAUCCAAAACAAGAGCCCAUGGAGGUCUUUUUCUUCAUUUUAUUUUUUAUUUUUUAUUUUUUGCUAAUUUGCUUUCUGUUUAUUCCUCUUUUCAUUACAUGUCAUUUACUGUCAUGUUCUUUGAAUGUAAAGAAAAGAAUUAUGUU